AUGUCACAAACAGAUUGCCAUGCGGAGCAGCUGGACGAAGUGGAAGCACUGCAAGCCAUCUUUCCAGAGGAGAUAGAGCUGACCAGCGAUGAUGCAGGGCAGGUCGAGCUCUCCCUGUUGGUGAGUCCAGAUUUGUCGGGUGAGCUUGGCGAUUCUCCUUUGUUCCUACGAGCAGCCUAUCAACCAGAUGACACGAGCGACAGCAGAGGCUAUAAGAUGCAGUCUCCGGCUUUACCGGUCCCGGUUCCGGAGGCCGACCCCAAAGGCCAAGUCUCAGGCGAGACGGCAAAGCCACGGCUCAGCCGGUCUGUCAGUGGCUUUGCGGAAGUUGAGGUACGACACUUGCCACCUGUCCAGCUUCAGCUGAAGCUGCCGGCCGGCUACCCGUCUUCUGAACCACCUGACUUUCGCUUGUCUUGCUCUUGGAUGGACUUAGACAGCCUAUCGUCGUUCUGCAGAAGCUUGGAUGACCAAUGGGAGCAAGCCAAGGGGUCUGCGAUCAUCUACACAUGGGUUGAUGUCUUGCGACAAGAAGUGCUGGAGCUUAUCUUCAAGAAUCGGGGAGCAUUGGAGAGCAAAGUCUUUCUGACAUUGAAGGCUAUUGACGGAUUGUCAGCUUCUGAUCCACGGGCCGAGUCCAACUGUUGGGACCCUGUCCAAACUUUAUUGGAUUUGCUCAUGUACGAUAAGGGGAAAAGGUUGGAUAUUUGGAGUCAACAGCAGCACGUCUGUAACGUGUGCUUCUGCGAGCAUCCUGGUUCUCACUUCGUGCAUUUGGGCAGUUGCAGCCAUGCAUUCUGCAAGACUUGCGUGAAAACAAUGGCAGAGAUCCAUGUGAAUGAAGGCAGUAUCGCUGACUUGGUUUGUCCGGAACCAGGCUGCCGAGCCGAAAUCGCGCCCAGUGCCUUGAUGCAAGUCUUGGAUGCGUCGGGCUAUGAGCGCUGGCAGACCCUGAAGCUUCGGCGAGCUCUGACAACGGCUAAUUUGGUCCUCUGUCCGCGCUGUGAAGAGAUGGGCAUGGAAACGCCAGUUCUGCCGGAUCCGGUAUCUGAUUCUGAUCAAGCAGCUUCACUCCCCCCUGUGGCCAGAUGUGGUCGUUGCGAGUAUGUCUUCUGCGCCACGUGCUUAUCUUUGUACCACGGGACGGAGCCAUGUCUGGCGCCAGAGGAGCGGGCCCAACAAGCGGCAAUGCGUCGGCUCGGAACUGCCCAGAGUGUGGCAGAGAAGCGAAAGCUCAAGCGUGAGGCGCAGAAGGGAUAUCUGGUCUGUAUCGACGUAGGUGAAGACAUGCUGCCUGUCGAUGCAGCUGGGCACAUCACCGAGGACUGCGAGCCGAACAUCGCGGAAGGCGACAAGGUUAUCGCCGUACAUACCGGUGUCCCAGACAAAAUCACUGGCCGAGCUUUGUGGGAUGCCAAGCCGGUCAGCAUCCGCUUGGUUCGCACACGGGCUGAUGCUGCGAUGGAGCGGCGGCGCCAGCGGCGCCUGAUGGAAGAGCUGCUGACAUUGCGAGAAAUCGCCCGCGAGUCACAGCCUUGUCCUGUUUGCAAAGUGCGUGUACACCGCACAGCUGGGUGUAAUCACAUGCACUGUACACAGUGCCGUGCGCACUUUUGCUAUCGCUGCGGUGCGCAAAUGGACAGCGAGGACCCCUAUGCCCAUUUCAAGACAGGGAAAUGUACAACCUUCGAUGAUGAAGAGGUGCGAAGAAUAGCAGCUCAGGAAAGGCAGCCCGGUUUCGUAGACCACGAGCUGCAGCGCCUCCGGGACGAGUUCGGCGAACAACGUGAGUUGUUUGCGCAGUUUCAGCAAGCCCAUGGCAUACAAGCACCUAAUACCGGCGGGCGUGGAACGGUGGCAGCAAGACGGCGCAUGGGCGACGUCCCUUGCCCAUCCUGUGGACAGUGGAAUGGCCGUGUAGGCAAUCUUAACCACAUUCGAUGUGGUAUGUGCCGCAAUUCUUUUUGCGGCCACUGCAGACGUCGAAUACAAGGCGUCAUUUCUCACCAUUACCGUGGCGAGAACGCCUGCCCGCAGCAUUUCCGUGCCGAGUAG